AUGUACAAGCAGAUCAAGAAGGGGGAAAAGGCGAGCGGCAAGGGUGCCGUGUGCAAGCCCCACUGGUACCCGUACAUGGCGCUCUUCCAGAACAACAAGGCGGUGGGCAACCCUCACACCGUCGACGGUGGCGGUGCGGCACACGUCAACGUGCCCUGCGGGUUCGGGGUCCCGUCCACCUCGGCGCCCUGCACCUCUACGCUGACAUUCACUACUCCGCCGUCGCAGGGUACUCCUACAUCGAAGCGCCCACGUGUGGUAGAGACGGCUACGAUGGCCGCUGCCAAGCUGGUGUGUGAGACGAUCAAAGACUGCCACUCCGACGCCAUCAGCGGGCUUGAAGGCCUCGUCCGCGCGCGGAUGGAGCAGGACGCGCGUAUUGCUUGCGAACGCGUGCAGCAGCCCGCCCCCUCCCCGCCGGUCCGCGACGACAUCCCUGUCCACGCGGACAACAUGACCGACACGCACGCCGCCGAAGGCGGCGACGACGGCUGGCUCCGUCGCGGGCAGGCGGGCGAAGACCCCUCUAACCCUGAUGCGGGUGAGGAGGUGUGGGUUCGCGGCGCCGCCGAGUGA